AUGGCUGACGGUCGGUCGAGUCAAUGGCUCUUCCUCGACAUGACACCGGACGUUCUUCAGCGAUACGAAGAGAAUUACAACACCUAUUCGAAAUCGACAAAUGUCGCUGAAUUUUUGGAGGAAGGCGAUGGGAGUGAUGGGGAUCUCGACUUUCCACCAGAGUCACUCUUGCCAGAUUGGCUUGAUAUUGAUGUUUCUUGUCGAACCAUAGAGGGCCUCCUUGAGGAUUACCGUGUCCGCGUAAUUAAACGCGUGUCAACAGAUGGCGUUUCCGUCUACUACGGCAAUGACAUGGGAGAUGUCUUUGACGACACAGCAGCCGUUUGUAUCAGGAAGGAUGGCGAGAGGUUCUGGAAGUGGGUAGACCUUUUUCAGUGGUCUUACGACGACUGGCAAUUUGAGUGGAAAGCAGAAGAGAUGUUGAUAGCAUAG